AUGUUGCAUCAACAUUUGUGCACCAUCAACCACAAAGGCCCCCUCCACAACACCAACCAAAGGAACCAUACCUUCAGCCACUACAACAUCUGGAUCAACAGAAAAAAUUGGCACCACCUCUGGUGCCGUCACAGAAAAUCCAACGACAACCACGCUCACAGAAGAGCCACCACAACAACCACAACCACAGAAAAACCUGUAACAAGCACUGCUGGAACAACUCCAAAACCCACUGAAACAACACCUGAAGUUGUAACACAUACAGUGGUCACAACAGUACAAUCAACGAGCUCUGUUGUCGUUCCUACAACUACUGCAACCACAGAGAAGACCACAACAACAGCCACAGAGAAGACCAGCACUACUGCAGCCACAACCACAGAACAACCCACAGUGACAGAAGAAUCAACCACAAUCUCAGAAAAACCCACAGCCACCACAACAGCCACAGAAAAGCCCAGUUCUACUGCCUCUCCAACCACAGAACAACCCACAGUGACAGAAAAAUCAACCACAACCGCAGAAAGACCAACAACAACAGCAGCGGUCACAGAAAAGUCCACCACAACAACAAGUGGAGAGCCCAGUACCCCUGCAACUACAGAAAAACCUAGCACCACAACAACUGCUAAAUCCACAACAACCAUAAAAGAGCCCAUCACAACCACUACACUCACAGAGAAACCCACCACAACAGUCGCAGAGAAGCCCAGCACUACUGCUGCUACAACCACAAAGAAAUCCUCCACAACAUCUGCAAACUGCUUUCGUUGUUCUUGGUCAGUUUGGACCGACAGUCAUUACCCUGAGGACGGCAGUGACGGUGGAGAGUAUGAGCCUAUUGACAAAAUUACGAAUCCAGAUCUGAGUACUUGCAGUGAACCUCUGAAAAUAGAGUGUAGAUCAAAAGACCAUAAAGAUACACCCUUGAAUCAAAUUGGUCAGAAAUUAACAUGCAACCCAGAAGUUGGACUGAGAUGUAACAAUAAAGAUCAAGGUUUUGCUCCUCCAUGUUAUGACUAUGAAAUACGAGUCCAAUGUUGCAUCAACAUUUGUGCACCAUCAACCACAAAGGCCCCCUCCACAACACCAACCAAAGGAACCAUACCUUCAGCCACUACAACAUCUGGAUCAACAGAAAAAAUUGGCACCACCUCUGGUGCCGUCACAGAAAAUCCAACGACAACCACGCUCACAGAAGAGCCCACCACAACAACCACAACCACAGAAAAACCUGUAACAAGCACUGCUGGAACAACUCCAAAACCCACUGAAACAACACCUGAAGUUGUAACACAUACAGUGGUCACAACAGUACAAUCAACGAGCUCUGUUGUCGUUCCUACAACUACUGCAACCACAGAGAAGACCACAACAACAGCCACAGAGAAGACCAGCACUACUGCAGCCACAACCACAGAACAACCCACAGUGACAGAAGAAUCAACCACAAUCUCAGAAAAACCCACAGCCACCACAACAGCCACAGAAAAGCCCAGUUCUACUGCCUCUCCAACCACAGAACAACCCACAGUGACAGAAAAAUCAACCACAACCGCAGAAAGACCAACAACAACAGCAGCGGUCACAGAAAAGUCCACCACAACAACAAGUGGAGAGCCCAGUACCCCUGCAACUACAGAAAAACCUAGCACCACAACAACUGCUAAAUCCACAACAACCAUAAAAGAGCCCAUCACAACCACUACACUCACAGAGAAACCCACCACAACAGUCGCAGAGAAGCCCAGCACUACUGCUGCUACAACCACAAAGAAAUCCUCCACAACAUCUGCAAACUGCUUUCGUUGUUCUUGGUCAGUUUGGACCGACAGUCAUUACCCUGAGGACGGCAGUGACGGUGGAGAGUAUGAGCCUAUUGACAAAAUUACGAAUCCAGAUCUGAGUACUUGCAGUGAACCUCUGAAAAUAGAGUGUAGAUCAAAAGACCAUAAAGAUACACCCUUGAAUCAAAUUGGUCAGAAAUUAACAUGCAACCCAGAAGUUGGACUGAGAUGUAACAAUAAAGAUCAAGGUUUUGCUCCUCCAUGUUAUGACUAUGAAAUACGAGUCCAAUGUUGCAUCAACAUUUGUGCACCAUCAACCACAAAGGCCCCCUCCACAACACCAACCAAAGGAACCAUACCUUCAGCCACUACAACAUCUGGAUCAACAGAAAAAAUUGGCACCACCUCUGGUGCCGUCACAGAAAAUCCAACGACAACCACGCUCACAGAAGAGCCCACCACAACAACCACAACCACAGAAAAACCUGUAACAAGCACUGCUGGAACAACUCCAAAACCCACUGAAACAACACCUGAAGUUGUAACACAUACAGUGGUCACAACAGUACAAUCAACGAGCUCUGUUGUCGUUCCUACAACUACUGCAACCACAGAGAAGACCACAACAACAGCCACAGAGAAGACCAGCACUACUGCAGCCACAACCACAGAACAACCCACAGUGACAGAAGAAUCAACCACAAUCUCAGAAAAACCCACAGCCACCACAACAGCCACAGAAAAGCCCAGUUCUACUGCCUCUCCAACCACAGAACAACCCACAGUGACAGAAAAAUCAACCACAACCGCAGAAAGACCAACAACAACAGCAGCGGUCACAGAAAAGUCCACCACAACAACAAGUGGAGAGCCCAGUACCCCUGCAACUACAGAAAAACCUAGCACCACAACAACUGCUAAAUCCACAACAACCAUAAAAGAGCCCAUCACAACCACUACACUCACAGAGAAACCCACCACAACAGUCGCAGAGAAGCCCAGCACUACUGCUGCUACAACCACAAAGAAAUCCUCCACAACAUCUGCAAACUGCUUUCGUUGUUCUUGGUCAGUUUGGACCGACAGUCAUUACCCUGAGGACGGCAGUGACGGUGGAGAGUAUGAGCCUAUUGACAAAAUUACGAAUCCAGAUCUGAGUACUUGCAGUGAACCUCUGAAAAUAGAGUGUAGAUCAAAAGACCAUAAAGAUACACCCUUGAAUCAAAUUGGUCAGAAAUUAACAUGCAACCCAGAAGUUGGACUGAGAUGUAACAAUAAAGAUCAAGGUUUUGCUCCUCCAUGUUAUGACUAUGAAAUACGAGUCCAAUGUUGCAUCAACAUUUGUGCACCAUCAACCACAAAGGCCCCCUCCACAACACCAACCAAAGGAACCAUACCUUCAGCCACUACAACAUCUGGAUCAACAGAAAAAAUUGGCACCACCUCUGGUGCCGUCACAGAAAAUCCAACGACAACCACGCUCACAGAAGAGCCCACCACAACAACCACAACCACAGAAAAACCUGUAACAAGCACUGCUGGAACAACUCCAAAACCCACUGAAACAACACCUGAAGUUGUAACACAUACAGUGGUCACAACAGUACAAUCAACGAGCUCUGUUGUCGUUCCUACAACUACUGCAACCACAGAGAAGACCACAACAACAGCCACAGAGAAGACCAGCACUACUGCAGCCACAACCACAGAACAACCCACAGUGACAGAAGAAUCAACCACAAUCUCAGAAAAACCCACAGCCACCACAACAGCCACAGAAAAGCCCAGUUCUACUGCCUCUCCAACCACAGAACAACCCACAGUGACAGAAAAAUCAACCACAACCGCAGAAAGACCAACAACAACAGCAGCGGUCACAGAAAAGUCCACCACAACAACAAGUGGAGAGCCCAGUACCCCUGCAACUACAGAAAAACCUAGCACCACAACAACUGCUAAAUCCACAACAACCAUAAAAGAGCCCAUCACAACCACUACACUCACAGAGAAACCCACCACAACAGUCGCAGAGAAGCCCAGCACUACUGCUGCUACAACCACAAAGAAAUCCUCCACAACAUCUGCAAACUGCUUUCGUUGUUCUUGGUCAGUUUGGACCGACAGUCAUUACCCUGAGGACGGCAGUGACGGUGGAGAGUAUGAGCCUAUUGACAAAAUUACGAAUCCAGAUCUGAGUACUUGCAGUGAACCUCUGAAAAUAGAGUGUAGAUCAAAAGACCAUAAAGAUACACCCUUGAAUCAAAUUGGUCAGAAAUUAACAUGCAACCCAGAAGUUGGACUGAGAUGUAACAAUAAAGAUCAAGGUUUUGCUCCUCCAUGUUAUGACUAUGAAAUACGAGUCCAAUGUUGCAUCAACAUUUGUGCACCAUCAACCACAAAGGCCCCCUCCACAACACCAACCAAAGGAACCAUACCUUCAGCCACUACAACAUCUGGAUCAACAGAAAAAAUUGGCACCACCUCUGGUGCCGUCACAGAAAAUCCAACGACAACCACGCUCACAGAAGAGCCCACCACAACAACCACAACCACAGAAAAACCUGUAACAAGCACUGCUGGAACAACUCCAAAACCCACUGAAACAACACCUGAAGUUGUAACACAUACAGUGGUCACAACAGUACAAUCAACGAGCUCUGUUGUCGUUCCUACAACUACUGCAACCACAGAGAAGACCACAACAACAGCCACAGAGAAGACCAGCACUACUGCAGCCACAACCACAGAACAACCCACAGUGACAGAAGAAUCAACCACAAUCUCAGAAAAACCCACAGCCACCACAACAGCCACAGAAAAGCCCAGUUCUACUGCCUCUCCAACCACAGAACAACCCACAGUGACAGAAAAAUCAACCACAACCGCAGAAAGACCAACAACAACAGCAGCGGUCACAGAAAAGUCCACCACAACAACAAGUGGAGAGCCCAGUACCCCUGCAACUACAGAAAAACCUAGCACCACAACAACUGCUAAAUCCACAACAACCAUAAAAGAGCCCAUCACAACCACUACACUCACAGAGAAACCCACCACAACAGUCGCAGAGAAGCCCAGCACUACUGCUGCUACAACCACAAAGAAAUCCUCCACAACAUCUGCAAACUGCUUUCGUUGUUCUUGGUCAGUUUGGACCGACAGUCAUUACCCUGAGGACGGCAGUGACGGUGGAGAGUAUGAGCCUAUUGACAAAAUUACGAAUCCAGAUCUGAGUACUUGCAGUGAACCUCUGAAAAUAGAGUGUAGAUCAAAAGACCAUAAAGAUACACCCUUGAAUCAAAUUGGUCAGAAAUUAACAUGCAACCCAGAAGUUGGACUGAGAUGUAACAAUAAAGAUCAAGGUUUUGCUCCUCCAUGUUAUGACUAUGAAAUACGAGUCCAAUGUUGCAUCAACAUUUGUGCACCAUCAACCACAAAGGCCCCCUCCACAACACCAACCAAAGGAACCAUACCUUCAGCCACUACAACAUCUGGAUCAACAGAAAAAAUUGGCACCACCUCUGGUGCCGUCACAGAAAAUCCAACGACAACCACGCUCACAGAAGAGCCCACCACAACAACCACAACCACAGAAAAACCUGUAACAAGCACUGCUGGAACAACUCCAAAACCCACUGAAACAACACCUGAAGUUGUAACACAUACAGUGGUCACAACAGUACAAUCAACGAGCUCUGUUGUCGUUCCUACAACUACUGCAACCACAGAGAAGACCACAACAACAGCCACAGAGAAGACCAGCACUACUGCAGCCACAACCACAGAACAACCCACAGUGACAGAAGAAUCAACCACAAUCUCAGAAAAACCCACAGCCACCACAACAGCCACAGAAAAGCCCAGUUCUACUGCCUCUCCAACCACAGAACAACCCACAGUGACAGAAAAAUCAACCACAACCGCAGAAAGACCAACAACAACAGCAGCGGUCACAGAAAAGUCCACCACAACAACAAGUGGAGAGCCCAGUACCCCUGCAACUACAGAAAAACCUAGCACCACAACAACUGCUAAAUCCACAACAACCAUAAAAGAGCCCAUCACAACCACUACACUCACAGAGAAACCCACCACAACAGUCGCAGAGAAGCCCAGCACUACUGCUGCUACAACCACAAAGAAAUCCUCCACAACAUCUGCAAACUGCUUUCGUUGUUCUUGGUCAGUUUGGACCGACAGUCAUUACCCUGAGGACGGCAGUGACGGUGGAGAGUAUGAGCCUAUUGACAAAAUUACGAAUCCAGAUCUGAGUACUUGCAGUGAACCUCUGAAAAUAGAGUGUAGAUCAAAAGACCAUAAAGAUACACCCUUGAAUCAAAUUGGUCAGAAAUUAACAUGCAACCCAGAAGUUGGACUGAGAUGUAACAAUAAAGAUCAAGGUUUUGCUCCUCCAUGUUAUGACUAUGAAAUACGAGUCCAAUGUUGCAUCAACAUUUGUGCACCAUCAACCACAAAGGCCCCCUCCACAACACCAACCAAAGGAACCAUACCUUCAGCCACUACAACAUCUGGAUCAACAGAAAAAAUUGGCACCACCUCUGGUGCCGUCACAGAAAAUCCAACGACAACCACGCUCACAGAAGAGCCCACCACAACAACCACAACCACAGAAAAACCUGUAACAAGCACUGCUGGAACAACUCCAAAACCCACUGAAACAACACCUGAAGUUGUAACACAUACAGUGGUCACAACAGUACAAUCAACGAGCUCUGUUGUCGUUCCUACAACUACUGCAACCACAGAGAAGACCACAACAACAGCCACAGAGAAGACCAGCACUACUGCAGCCACAACCACAGAACAACCCACAGUGACAGAAGAAUCAACCACAAUCUCAGAAAAACCCACAGCCACCACAACAGCCACAGAAAAGCCCAGUUCUACUGCCUCUCCAACCACAGAACAACCCACAGUGACAGAAAAAUCAACCACAACCGCAGAAAGACCAACAACAACAGCAGCG